AUGAUUGCCACAUUUUCCUCCUCCUAUUUCGAAGAGGAAAUCUACAACUUGCAACCCGACUUGCUCCAGCAGCUCGCCAGUCUCAUCAAGAUUUUGCCGACCUCAUUCUUCCCCAAUCAAACCAGAUGGAUUCCGUUCAGGAUGAAGCAAGAGUAUGCCAUUAUAUCAGCGCUCACCAUCCUCCAUCGGGCUAACCUCUCGGACUCCUCCCUCUGCCGGAUCUCAGAAGAUGGCCAGGACAAGCAGACCACCAUCCUGGCUCUCAGCUACUAUCUAUACAAAGAUCUCUUCGACUUCCGGGCCGCACUCACCGAGAGCUUCCCAGACCAAGAAGUCAGUUGA